CGUCUUUCCAUCAACAUUUCCUCUCUCAAAUGAACACCACCACACAGUCCGACAGCCUUAGAUAUAAAUAACAUUAUUUUUCACCGAAGGAGAAAAGCGAAGCUGAAAAGCUAUCCCAAAACCAAACCCUCAACCGCUGCCAAACGCCGGAAAAAUCCCCACAAACGAAAGCAACAUUCUUAGAUGUAUCCGUUUAGCUACGCGCGCGAGUGCAUAUUUUGCGUCUUGUUGUAGCGAUCUGAUCGUUCCGUUUUAGUCCUUCAGCUGCUGUUUGGCUGCGGAACCAUCGGACCAUCGAGCUAAAAGGAAGAAGCCGAUUUUGGGGUUUUGAUUUUUGGGGCUAUCUGUUGAUGGAUUCGGAGGACGACAUGCACGAUGCGAACGACGCCGAGUCGAUGGACGACGACUACUACAGCGGCGACACGGCCGUGGAGUACAGCGAGGACGACGAUAAUGGUGAUGAUGAUGGGGAUUACGAGUUCGACAACGACUCGGUCGACUCAGACGAUGUGUCCGCGAGCCGCCGCCAACAGAAGAAUUAUAUUGCCUUGAAAGAAGCGGAUAUACGCCAGCAUCAAGAGAAUGAAAUUACAACAAUUUCAACAGUCCUUUCCAUAUCGAGAAUAGAUGCAAGCAUUCUACUCCGUCACUAUCAUUGGAAUGUGAGUAAUGUGCAUGAGGUAUGGUUUGCGGAUGAAGAUAGAGUUCGUAAGGCCGUCGGCUUGUUGGAAAGGCCAGUUGUCCAAUUUCCAAAUGCUAAAGAACUGACUUGUGGAAUUUGUUUUGAAUCCUUUCCUCUUGAUCGGAUCAGCUCGGCUGCGUGUGGUCAUCCUUUUUGUAACCUAUGCUGGAGAGCUUACAUGAGCACAUCCAUCAAUGGUGGUCCUGGAUGUUUGAUGUUGAGAUGCCCCGAUCCAUCCUGUGGUGCUGCGAUCGGCCAAGAUAUGAUCAAUCUGUUGGUAUCUGAGGAAGAUAAGGAGAAAUAUGCUCGUUACCUUCUUCGUUCUUAUAUAGAAGAUAAUCGAAAGACCAAGUGGUGUCCUGCCCCAGGCUGUGAGUAUGCUGUUGAAUUUGUUGUUGGUAGUGAAAACUACGAUGUUUCCUGCCUAUGCUCCUAUGGCUUUUGUUGGAAUUGUACAGAAGAAGCUCAUCGUCCUGUGGACUGUGGCACUGUGGCCAAGUGGAUUAUGAAAAACAGCGCAGAAUCAGAAAACAUGAAUUGGAUACUAGCUAAUUCCAAGCCUUGUCCGAAGUGUAAGAGACCAAUUGAGAAAAACCAAGGUUGUAUGCACAUGACGUGCACGCCUCCUUGCAAGUUUGAAUUCUGCUGGCUAUGCCUUGGUGCAUGGUCGGACCAUGGUGAGAGGACGGGUGGUUUCUAUGCAUGUAACCGGUAUGAGGCAGCUAAGCAAGAGGGAGCGUAUGAUGAAACUGAGAGAAGGAGAGAGAUGGCCAAGAACUCUCUAGAGAGAUACACUCAUUAUUAUGAACGGUGGGCUACCAAUCAAUCGUCGAGGCAAAAAGCCCUUUCGGAUUUACAUCAAAUGCAAACUGUGCAUCUCGAGAAGCUUAGUGACAAACAGUCUCAACCUGAAUCGCAACUCAAGUUCAUCACAGAAGCCUGGCUGCAGAUAGUUGAAUGUCGGCGAGUGUUGAAAUGGACCUAUGCCUAUGGAUACUAUCUACCUGAGCCUGAACAUGCAAAGAGGCAAUUUUUUGAAUAUUUGCAAGGCGAGGCCGAGGCUGGUUUAGAAAGGCUUCAUCAAUGUGCUGAGAAGGACGUACAGGCUUACCUUGGUGCUGAACCUCCUCCAACUGAUUUUAAUGAUUUCCGCACAAAAUUGGCUGGACUUACUAGCGUCACUCGGAAUUACUUUGAGAACUUGGUUAGAGCAUUAGAGAAUGGUCUAUCGGAUGUGGAUUCCCAGGGGGCUAGCAGCAAGACAGCAACCGUGAAAAGUGGGGUGGCUGUUGUAAAGAGUAAAAGCGGAAGAGGAAAAUCAUCCCGAGCGGGCGGGCCUAGUAGAAAUUCGGAUGAUCAUGGCUCUUGGACAUGCGAUCAGUGCACUUAUUUCAACACCAGAUCUUUGCCCACAUGCGAGAUGUGCCACCAGCCCAGACGUAACGCAUGAUUACCCUGAUCUUGUGGGUCCCAGGUGGCAAAUUGCCUUCUGAAGCAAGAAUUGCAGAAAAAGGUGCUUGAAGAGAGCUAGAAAAGGAUGAAAAGGUGAUUUAUUGGAAAGGGAUUGUUGCUUAUAGAAAAGCUUUGUUUUGGGAGGUCACCUUUUGGCUGAAGCUGUUUAAAGAAGAUGAGCGACAAGUAGCCGAGUAUGCUGUUAUUAUUUGUCUUUGAUUCAGUGUAUAUAGUUCCUACCCUAUGUAUAUCAGUAAUCCAUCGAUUUCCGGUUCCGGUUCGAGGUUCUUGAACUUGCAAUGUGGCUGAUUUAUUAUUAUGUUAACCAGAUGAUGGCCUGAGGCAAAUGCAAAUCUAACUCAUUUGUGCCUUUUGCUCUUUGCUUUAAAGUUGGUGAUAUAACUUCUUGGAAUGUACAAUGAAACAAUAUCUAUAUGGAUGAUUUCGUCUUUUGAAUUUC